UUAAAAAAAUUAUUUAUAAAUAAGUUUGGGUGCAGUCCAAGUAUUUCUAAAAGGCUUAAAGCAUGUGUUGUAUACUACAAGAAAUAUAAAAUAAUAGAAAUGAUUAAAAAGUUAUAUAAAAAAUAAUAUGAGCGAAUAGAAAGAUUAUUCGUUCAGAGCAUAUUCCAGCUAUUGAAAAAUCUGAAGCCUAUGUAUACAUAUAUAAAACCAUUGUGUAAGCAAAUAACAAAAUACCAAUUACCAAUUAAAGUUUAAAUUUUGAAGCUGUGUCGUUCGAUUGUGCAAUUAUGUUUGCUCGUCCAGCUCGGGUUUCAUGUGAAUUGCUUAUAUCGUUGCAUUCAUGUUAAAAAUGCCGUUGUGAUGUGUAACAUUUGCAGGAGCAGAAAUAUUAACAGUUCGGCAUGAAAUGGAAGCAGCCAUUCGUGCAUCAGUGCAGGUCGGUGGUCCACCGCCCUCAAAUAGUGGUCAGCAGCAACAACGCGGUGGUAGCAGUCAGCAAACGAAUGAUAAUGGACCAUCGUCACAUCAACUACAUCAUCAUAUUCAUCAACAACAAACUUCGUCAUCCAACCAACAACAACAAGGAAACACCACUAAUAGCGCUCAGCAACAUCAACAACAACAACACCACCACCACCACCACCAACAACAACAACAACAGCAGCAACAACAACAACAACAACAACAACAACAACACCAACAACAACAACAAUCAAACAUGUCCGCUUAUCAGCCAAGGAUAUCAUCGGGGGCCUCUCCGAUUCAUAGAUCUUACAGGCCAAUUGAAACAUCUCAGUCGUACAAAAAGGGAGGUAACCUGGGAUCUCUUUCACAUCAUACUGCGCAACAAAUGCAUCAGCCGCAAAUGCACCAUCACCAACAACAGCAGCAUCACCAUCAGCAACAGCAACAAUCCUCUCGUUCGGCAGCUAGUCCUCUUUCACCUCCACGGCCAGGACCAGGAUCGGCAGCAACCGCAAGCACAUACGCAAAAUUUGGUGAUGUUAAUGCAGUUCGAGAGGCACCACACCGUUAUAUACAACAAAGUUCGUAUAGUAUUGGUCCCGGUACACAGUACCGUGAUAGCCCUCAUACGCGAAUACCUCAAAUACCGUCGUCACAAGUGCAGGAAUACCACCGUGCAGCAGCAGCUGUUGCAGCUGCUUCUGCUAGUAAUAGCACAUCUAACGUGGUGCAAGUGACGACAGGUUUGCCACCGCCGCCUAGUGGUAGUAUUAAUAUUAGUGGAACGCAUUUGGAUACAUUACAUUUUAUGCAUCAAACACCUGCUGGUCCUACAACGACACAACUGCUCAGUAAUUCUAGUGGUGCAAAUAGUAGCAAUACCGGUGCACCAUCACCACAUAAUGCAAAUAGUGGUGGAGCAAGUAGCAUAAUUGUGGGUCGUCAGCGCAUUCUGUUACCUGCACAUGCGCAAGCGCAAGCUGCACAAUAUCCGAAUGAAUAUCUGCCUAGUACGGCUGUAGCUGCUGUAGCAGCCGUGAAUCGUCAGCAACUUCAUCAGCAACAGCCACAACAACAGCACACUCAACAGCCGCAAGCACCCCCUGAUCCUGGAGGGCAACCAUUUAAAAAACUGCGGUUAAGUGAGACAAAUGUUACCAACACAAAUCACCUGCCAUCUCAACAAAUUGCAAAUGCGCAGCAAAGGCAACCUUCUCCCGCUGCAAUAUCACUUUCGCAGGCCAACAGUAGUCGCAGUAGUAAUAGUAGUCACAUACAAUUGUCGCAACCGCCUCAUACACAUCUGACUGUAUUACCAGCGCAACCUCCUCUAUCAGUCGCGGUACAGCAACUAAAAGUAGAAACUCAACCGCCACAGCUUCAAAGUACGUCUAAGUCGCUAGCGAACCGCUCAACACCCACUUCAAUAAGUGGCAGUUUUAUUUCAACGCAAAAUGCAACUGUUGUUUCAGUUACGAAUUCUUCAACUUCGUCUUCGUCAGAGGCGUAUCAUCCACAGGUUGAAGCGAUCUCACCUACACUGCCAACUGAUAACGCGGAGGAACGCGGUCGCACCACUAAAGAGGACUUACUUAUGCAAAUUCAAAAGGUAGAUACUGAUAUUCAAAGUGCUGAAAAUACGAUGGAAAUGCUUAAAAAGAAGGAAACAACGUUACUUGAAACAGCCGCUGUGUGUAAACAAGAAAAUGAGCAAGAAAACAAGUCAGAAGAGGAUGGAGCAGAGGAUGUUGCAAAUGCGUGGCGUUCACAAACACUGGCUCAGAAAAUAUAUGAGGCGAACCGUAAAACGGCCGCAGCACAACAUUCCAUUCUUAAUAACUGCGGUACCCGUUAUAUGUUACCGCUUUACAAUCAGCCUCUGGAUGUUGAACGAUUGCAAACAAUUAUGAGACGCCAUCAAAUCUCUGUCAAAGAUCCAUUGCUAGAACAAGUACGUAAGAUCAAACAUGAAAGAUGGUUACAUAAUACUGGUCUAGUAGAUAGAUAUACACAAAUGUCAGCAGAUUGGCAAAAACGUAUUGAAAAAGCUGAAGCAAGUGCUAAGAGGAAGGCGCGUGAAGCUAAAAACCGCGAGUUCUUCGAAAAAGUGUUUACAGAAUUAAGAAAACAGCGUGAAGAUAAGGAACGUUUCAAUAGAGUAGGGUCCAGAAUUAAAUCUGAAGCUGAUUUAGAAGAGAUUAUGGAUGGGUUGCAGGAGCAAGCAAUGGAAGAUAAGAAAAUGCGAUCGUAUGCUGUUAUACCACCUUUAAUGUACGAUAUAAGACGAAGGCGUUGUGUUUAUCAUAAUGAGAACGGCUUUAUUACGGACAUGGUUGGUGUACAUAAAGAACAGCAAAUGAUAAAUGUGUGGACAGCAGGAGAAAAGGAAAUUUUUAAGGAAAAAUUUCUUCAGCAUCCAAAGAACUUUGGAGCGAUUGCGGCAAGUUUAGAUAGAAAAUCGGCGCAAGAUUGUGUUCGCUAUUACUACCUCAGCAAAAAGACUGAGAACUAUAAGCAAUUGUUGCGGAAAUCACGCCAGCGUACACGUUCUUCAAGGAACCCUCAAAAAACGCAGCAACAACAGACUCAGUGCAUAAUUGAUUCGUUGACAACAGGCGUUACCACGCGUCUACAACGGGAACAACAACAGAAAACAGGUGGUCGUUCAGCUGCAGCCGAACGGGAACGAGCAGCAGAAAAAGCCGCAGCUGAUGCAGUUAAAACAGCAGCUGCUCUUGUAAUCAAGACAAAGAGUGAAAGUAAUAAUGAAAUACUUCCAAAAUUAGCAGAAGCGGUUGAUGCAACAAAAACUGAAGCUGGUUCAUCAAGUGAUAAAUCGAAUGAAAGCAGUACUGUUUUAGGCUCACCACUAACAGCAGCUACAGUAAUAGAAACAGCAACAACGACCACUGCUGUGACAGCUAUAAGUAAUAGCAAUAGUAAAGAAUUUAAUAGCAGCAGCGAUAAUAAGCCAAUAACAACAGCAGUUGAAAAAGCUAAUGCGGAAAGCUCUGCAACGAGUCCGACUGUUAACGGCACUAAUGUUAAAGUGAAAACAGAAGACACAGUGAUAGCAGUGGCAACAACCAUUAAUGACAAACAAAAGGUUGAAAGUGAUAUAAAAUCAACAGCUAAUGGCAGCGACGCCAAAACUAAUCCAGCAACAGUAGCUACCAGUGAUAGCGUUGAAAAACCAAUUGAAUCAACAUGUAGUAAGGAUGAAAAAUUUUCUACGACAGUUUCAAGCAUCACUGCCACUCCUACAACUAUCAACACAACCAGCAGUCCUACAAAUGCACAUCCACCUGCUCAAGUUAACACUCCCAAUGGCAUCAAGUCUGCUUAUGUAGUAGCCAUUGCAGCAGCAGCCGCGGCGGCUGUUGCAGUUGAUGAACAAAAAGUUGGUGCACCAACUGUGGCCGUAGCCGAUAAAAGUGCUACAGCAACGGAUGUUGUGCCAGAUGAAAAAAGCAUCGUGGUGACGCCACUUACAUCGACGACUGCUGGCAGCUUUCUAGGGCAAAAGCUGAAAGCUGCACAGGUUGAAGGCAUCGGUGCGGGCAAUGAAUGUAACUCGGAUGUUAGCGAUCCUAAAAAGAAGCGUCUGGAUAUAGCCGAUGCUUUGUCUUCGUCAACUCUCAUAUCUAGUAGCAGUCCUGCCAGUAAUGCGAGCAAUAUUCUUGGCAAAGAAUUGAAUGUAACCACGGUUGGUAGCACAACUACAAACUCCGCUGUGUCGUUAGCAAUUACCGUUGCUGAUGAAACGACCAAAAAUCCAAGUCUAACAGCCACAGCCACAGCAGCAGCAUCGGUGACAUCGGCAACAUCAGCAACAUCAGCAACAUCAGCAUUAACUAUAACAAUCACAACUACUGUUGCAUCUGCAACGACUCAGGCAACGACGACGACGACGACGACGACGACGGCGACAACUGAUGCCAGCAUUAAUAACAUAAUCGAUAGUAAGGACAAACUUGCUACCUGUUUUGUAUGCAAAGCUGAGGCAUGUCCACGUACACGACCAUUGAAAAAAGGUCGUGGGCAACAGUAUGGAAUUGCAGACGAUUCAAUUGUAGUAGGCGCUCGUGUCUGUAAUUCGUGUCAAUGUAAGUCAGUGCGUAAUCGGUAUCCCAAUUGUCCAAUUCCAACCUGCCCAAACCCAAAGGAUCGGGCGAAACGAUUACAUAACAUUCCGGCACGUUUAUUUGAACUGACUAACGAUAUUCGUGAGCCGAUUAUACAUGAAUUUCAGAUACCUGUACAAGCUUCACGAUGUUGUUCGGCAUGUUUGAUGCGGAUUCGUCGCAAGCUUGACCCGCAUAUAAAUUUAACUGAUGAAGAACGUCGCACCACCGACGGAGAUGAGUCUGAUGUUAGUACAUCUUCGUGUGAUGAACGUGAAGCAGGGGGUAGUGAUACAGCUUCAGUUGAUAGUCCGGAAAAUCCACAAAGACAUAACUCACUAACGAAGGACUUAAAAAAGCCUUUGACACCAAUAAAUGCAAAUAGUGUAAAAACAAAUGCAGCUGAUACAACAACAGUUACAAUAACAGUCUCAAAAUCUGAUGAACGAUUGUUACCUCCACUUGGACAUGCACCACGCAAACAAAAAACGUCUGAGGAAUAUGAUUCGUCUGCAACCGAAACUGCGGAUGAGGAGAAUGAAAAUUCUCCAGCUAAUCGACAAAGUCCAAAAGUAACUCUCAAUAACAGUGGCAGCAUUGGUGGCAGUGGCAGUACAGUAGUAACACCAGGACUUCCACCUCCACCAUUAAAUGCACAAUCAAAUGGUCCUCAGCCUUUACCUCCAUCUUCUCAGCAAAUGCCGUUACCAGGUCGAGAAUCAGCACUGAACGUUCAAGAUUUCCUCUAUACAAUGAUAGAGCAUUCACUUAAAGCCAAGGCACAACCUCCUUCAAAAUUACCAGCACAGCAGCACAUAAGUCCACAUUUAAGUAAAUCUGGAGUAGAGCAAUCAAGCCGUCGUACUGACAUUGGUAAUAGCGGUAACAAUAGUAAUAACUCUAACAAUGAUGUAACAAUUGUUAGAGAAUAUCGCAAUGAUGGCUCUAUUGUGAAACAACAAGCACAUGGUCAUUCAAUGUCCCAGAAUAUACAAAACCUAAGUUCAAGGCAGCAGAAUUCUUCUGUUAAUUUGAGUGGGUCAUCUCAACAAGCAGCACAACUUCCGCUUGACAAUUUAGCUACAUUGUCAGUAGUUAAUUCACAUAUACCUGGACAACAUUUGCCGCCCCACAAUAUGAUACCUCAGCACGAUGUAAAAGCUACAAUCACACCAGUAGUUAAAACAGGCAAAAAUUCUACACCGCCACAUCCUUCUGAUACAAUAAUUUAUGGUGGAUCAACUUCAGUUCAACAGCAUCGCAAUAAUGAACCUGAACCUCAAACGUUAGAUUUAUCUAUUAAAAAGCCUUCGCGUGAUGGUCCUUCACCACAUUCAUCAUCUUCAAUAUCAUCUGGUCUGCCUGAAAGUCUAUCAAGACAUCAACCUCCACUUAGUACUGUAAAGCAUGUUAGUAAUGCGCCUGCAAUAUACCGCGCACCUGAACCAACGCCUUUAUUGGCACCUAAUCCUACGUACUUAUCGUAUCACCCACAUCCUGCAACAGUAGGCAAAGCACCUCCAGGGGCAUUUUUAGUAUCACAAGUACCUAUUCCUAUUUCUAUUACACAGGGACGAUCUCAAAAUAGUGGUGUACAACAACCGCAGCCACCUCACGCUCAGCAAAACCCGCAAAAUAGCUCUGCGCACAUGCAACUUCCAUCAAGUGCAACAAUCGGUAGCAAAUGUGCAUCAAAAAUGGCACCGAAAUUAAGUCCUCAGCUUAUACAUCCUACACAACAUAUUCCGCCUCCUUCAACGCAACAAAUUCUAGUUGGAGGACCGAAAGGCUCUAUUACGCAUGGAACACCAAUUAAUAACUCACAACAAAUAAUUGUGCAUACGUCUUCAAAUGCACUUAGUCCUAAAUUUGAUGGUAUACUUCGUCAAACACCGCCUUCAACUACCGAUAGCAAGCUGGGAUCAAUAACUCAAGGUACUCCUAUACAUUUACCUGGACAUCAUUUAGAAAGCAAACGUGGUUAUGAAUAUUACAAACCAACGCAACGUCAAAGUCCGGCACAACAAUCGGGUCCCCUACCUCCACCGCAACAAUCCUCACCGCAGGCUCCACCAUCUCAAAAUUAUGGUGUAAACUCGCCUUAUGUACGUUCUCCUUACGGUGUAGAACAGUCACCUGUUUUAAGCACUCGCCAGAUUGUUAUGCAUGAUUAUAUAACAUCACAACAGAUGCAAGGUCAACAAAGAAAUGUGUCUCGUGGCAGUGCAGGUGGAGGCGCAGGUUCUGAUAAAGAAUCUCCUUCGCCACGAAAUAGCGUAAAUAGUAUUACAAGUGGACUUGUAUAUUAUGACAAAGAUCGUGGCCGGACAGAGUAUUCAAGUCGAGCUUCGCCUGCUGAUCAUAUAAAUAGCACUCCUAGUCCGCAUCGAACUCCUCCUCCACAGCGUCAAGGAGUAAUUCAAAGGCAUAACACUGGCUCUAAGCCUCCAUCACCUGCUGCCUCGCAGCAAAGGAGUAUGCAUGUGAUGAGUCAUAAUUAUCCGCCAGCUGGUCAUGAAGCAUUUUCAUCGUUUGUUGAUGUCGCUGUUCAGCAACCGCAACUACCCGUCCCGUCUCAAAAAGACGAAAAGUCAACGCGUCAUGAACAGCAAACACAUCCUCCUCAUCAACAUCCUUCUUCCCAACCACCAUCACGCCAUGAAAUUCGUUAUCAAAUGAAUCGUGAUCAUAUGGCAAUGCAAAUACAACACGCUGCAGCAGUUGCACAGCAAUAUCAUCACCAUGUAGCUGCAAAUGCUGCUGUUGAUUUGCAGCGUCGUAUGGAUCAAGCGAAGCGCGAUCAACGUAUGCACGGAAUAGAGCGUGAUAUGCAGAAACGACAAGAGCGAGACAUGAACCGUUUACAUCAAGAACGAAUGCAAGCUGAACGUGAACGCAUUGAUCGCGAACGAGAACGAGAUCGGGAACGCGUAAGAGAACGAAGAGAACAACAACGUGUAGCAGAUGAACAAACUCGAGAAGAUAGAAGAAUGGAACGUAUUUAUGCCGGAAACACCGCAGCAGCUGCAGUUGGGCCACCUCACUACUUGCGUGUACCCCCCGACACCGGACCGCCUCGAGCCAUUCCAGAUCAUGAAAGAGAUCCUUAUCACAGAAUUCAUCCUGGUCAACCAUCUGAUGGAACAUUAUCUGCGCAAGUUCUAAUAGAUGCAAUUAUAAAGCAUCAAAUUAGCCAAGGAAGCUCUGAACCAAAUCCCACAAACAUUAACCGCGAUAUGGCGCGUUCAUCAAUUUAUAACUCACGUGAUAUUCCACUAACGCGUCAACAUGCUCCAACAGCUGCUGCAUUAGCUGCCGUCGAAAAUAAUGGAAAAUCAAAUUCACCAAAUAUAAUAAAUAUAGAUCUUGAUAAUGAUCGUAUGGGAAGUGCACAAUAUGAUCCACCUACCAGUAAUUCCCGCGGCCAAGUUCAUAACUCUCGUGGUCCACCAUCUCAACAAGGUCCACCACCACCUACUUCACAGUCUCAUUCAACUCAAAGUCAACAAUCUUCCAUUAUGACUAAAGGCAUAACACUUGCUGAGUUAACAGAUUCGAUUAUUACUAAUGAUUUUGGCCCAAAUCCAAUCAGACAAACUAUGAGACCUACAGCUAAUUUUAUACCUUAUAUGCAAGAUCCUCAAACUAUGGUAGCACCUGAUCGUUGGAAAUAUCUUCUUAUACAACAAAAAGAAGCAGAAGCAGCAGCUGAACGGGGUAAGAAUUCCACGCAAAAUGCUAAUAACAGUGGUAAUUUAGCCGCUAACAAUGGGAGUUCUGGGAGUCGUUCAAAUACACCAGGAGAUGAUCGGAAUACAAUACCGAGUCCUCGUAAAUAUGUUCAUGAAAUAAUGCCGCAUCAAACAGGUGGGGUCGUACAACAUGAAGCAGCAUCUCAUUAUUAUCAUCCACUUGGCCCACCACCGACUAGUGUGCAAUCAAUUGGCGUACAUUCACGGUCUAGUAGUGGAAACUCGAACUUGUCAUCAGGUGGACAUGAUCAAAGAAUGUCAGGUGGAAACACUGGAUCUAUUUCAGCUAAUGUAACUUCUGUACAGAAUCAUCAUUUUGAUACAAUGAAAUAUGUCCAGAACAGGAUUGUUGAAGUAAUGCGCACUGAAGAUGAUCAUCGCGUAGAGGAAAUACAUCACCAGCACAACGAUCAUCGAGGUGGUAAUAAAAAUUUACAUGAGACUGCUGUAAAUAUAAGUGGAUCAAGAAAAACACCAAAUCAGUAUGACGAUCGGGAUGGUAGACGAUCGGGUUCUUCGAUUGCUUCAAAUAAUGACUCUCAACAUGCGCCAAGCACAGGACUUGGUCCAUAUCAACAGCAAGUACCAGUCACAACAUUCGCACCAACGACAUAUGCCUAUCCAUACAGUGCUCUUAAUGUACCCAGCUCACCCGUCGGUAUGCAACCUCCUCAACAAAUGGCGGUGCCUCAUCAACCCGCUUCUCAUAUAACUAAGCAACAAGUGCAUACACAUUCAGCGGCAGAAAGUGCUGGACCUGGAAUUAAUAAUGCACAAACAUCUAGCUCAUCUUCAACAACGGAACCCAAACCUCUGUUAUCGGCCCAAUAUGAAGCAUUAAGUGACGAAGAUUAGUUGUGACUACAAGCGUCUGGUUUAAAAAUACCACAGCAGCAGACGCAAUGGAAGUAUGACACUGAACACGUACAACUACAAUGCCAACUAUAUGAAAAUCAACAAUACAGCUAUAUUAGUUACAA